AUGGGCGAGUCCACAAUCUCAAACUGGCAGGGGGGUGUCUGGAAAUUAGUAAACCCCCUCAUUAAGGCGACGUAUUCCAUUCUAAUGAAAUACAUUCGUGCAGGAAUUAUAAUACUUUUAAAACUAAUUGUAUAUGAGAAUGUCUGUAAAUAUUGGUGCGUUUUCUGGAAUAAAUUCGAACGACUAAUACAGGAGUCCACCCUAUGUUUUUGUUGCUCAGUGUAAGCGCCUAGCCCGGCUUGUCCCUCUUUUGUCCGGCAGCGACUGUAGGCCGUAGUAGUCAUGGCUGGUUGAGGAUAAAUGUUAAUUGUAAGUCUUUUUGACGUUGACUGUUUGCUUUAUGAGGAUUAAUUAAAAAUACGGAAUAAAUGUAACCGUUUUUUUUCUUUUUUGCUUUUAACACCUGAAGCCACAUACAGCUUGCAGUCAAAGCCUGAGCUAGCUGGCUUACUAGCUAUGCUAGCUAACCGGCUAACGUAGCUAAAGCUUAGCUAGCAAGGGGGGGUGGGAGCGCGCGUUCACGGAAAGAGUUCAACGCGGAGGGGGGGCGCGCGCAGGGGAGCUGGAGCGCGCAUGCUGGCUGGCUGGCGGGCGUUCUGGGGGUGGGGGGGAGAUGUUUCCAUGUCGUGCGGGCGUGUAGCGUGUGUGCAGCUGCGUUCGCGUCGCAUCAUGACCGGGACAAGGCUGCUGGUGCUAGCCCGUUAGCGGCACAUCUGUAAGUGAUCACGGGAGGCAGGGAGGGAAACGGGGGAAGGAAGGAAGGAAGGAGGGAGGGGGAUCCAUUCAGUACUCAUCCAGUACCCAUCACCAGCUUGAUAAUACGGUUGAUCGUGGUCCCGUUUUCGUUCCAGAACUUCCCCUCGUCUAUAGGGAAUAAUGUGUCCCCCUGGUAAACCCAGACCCUCUGGCUGAUCAGUAUUGUGUGCAGCGAUCUUAGGUGUCCCGUACGUUGUAGUCCUAUCCUGCGGUUCCUCGGACGUGAGGACAUCCGUCACUUCCUCCUUUUUCCCCUUUUUUCUUUCUUUUUUUUUUUUUUUUUGUACGUGAACGGUGACAUGGCUGUUCGCCGCCUAUCAUUUUAAUGGCUGCCGAAUCGGGGAGACUGCAGGCGGGACAAGGUCAAGGGAAGCGUGGCAAAGGUUCCCAGAUGAAAAGCCCAGAGAAAAAAAAGAGGAAGUCCAGCACUCAGGGGGCGAACUUCUCCCACCUCUCUGAGUUUGCACCUCCUCCAACUCCUAUGGUAGACCAUCUUGUGGCCUCAAACCCAUUUGACGAUGACUUUGGCCAACCAUCACGUCCCGCUGGAGCUGGGGGUCCGGGAAGCACACCUUUUAUGCCAAGCCCAGGGGCUGGUGGGGGAGGUGGGGGCUAUGGAGGACCAGGUAGAAUGGGAGGGGGCAUGACCUACAUGGGUGGCCCUGGAGGACCAGGUGGUGGACAGCCUGGACGCAGACCCCCUUUUGGACCCCCACCACCUAACACAGGACCACAUCACCCAAUUGGAUUUGGAGGAAUGCCUGGAUUUGGAGCUGGAGGAGGAGGAGGUAGUGGUGGAGGUGGCUUUCCUCCAGGUGGACCCUCACAAUUUAACAUGCCACCUAACUUUAGCCCUCCUAUGCACCCGGGGCAAGGUUUUAACCCUAUACUGUCACCUAGUGGAAUGGGUGGUGGUCCUGGAGGUGGCGGUCCUCCUCACCCACGCUUUGGGAUGCAGCAGCCUCAGCAUGGACAGGGUGGACAUCCUUUCAAUAGUCCUCCAAUGCCUGUAGGCCCUCGUGGUCCUCCCCAUGGCCCGAUGAAUCCAAUGGGUGGCAUGCCAACUGGAAUGAAUAUGAUGGGUGGAAUGGGGGGUGGAAUGGGUGGAGGUAAUAUGGUAGGUGGCCACACAGGGUUGCCUCCCCAGGGACCAUUUCCUCCCUCACAAGAUGGCCCUUAUCCUGGGCCAGGCACUCCUGGUAGUGAAGAAGGCAAAAACUUUGUCGGUGGACCAAGCGGUGGUCCACAAGGUCCACCUCAACAGCCGCCAAACCUCAAUCCCUCUGGUCCUCCAUCUAACAAUGCCACACCAGGUCCAUCCCCAGCUUCUGGACCCCAACAGGCUGGAGGAGGGUUUCCUGGUCACCCUGAUGUUCAGCAAUCAACACCCAACACCCCUGGGCAACCUUCAUCUGUACCUCCUCCACCCAAUCCUAAUUCCUCACCUACAGGUCCACUAAACGGUCCACAACCUCAGCAAGUACCACCAAAUCAGCACACUCCGGUAAAUUCUGCCAGCGGCCCUGCUCCGAACACUCCGUCCAGUCAGCAACAACCGACGCCACCCAACUCCAACCCAGGCUCUGCCCCAUACAAUCAACAGAACAGUGCUCCUGGUGGUGGACCUAUGGCAAACCAGCCAUCCAAUCCCAAUCAGAACAACCUAAACAACACAGGUGCCAGUAACCCUAAUCCUCCAUCUAACUCAGCCUCCACACCUAACACACAGUCUCCGCUUCCCACCGGCCAAGCUCCACCUUCAGUUGGUCCAGGCUCAGGACCACCUAAGCUAGGAAGUGGGAUGGUGUUCCAUUGUGGCUUCUGCUUGUUAGAAGUACACGAUGACCAGGAGGCCAUUCUUUGUGAGGCAUCGUGUCAGCGCUGGUUUCACAGAGACUGCACGGGCCUGACCGAACCUGCAUACGGCCUUUUGACCAGAGAGAGUGCUGCAGUAUGGGCUUGCGAUUUCUGCCUCAAGACCAAGGAGAUUCAGGCGGUAUAUGUACGCCAGAGCCUGGGGCAGCUGGUGGCUGCCAAUGAAGGCUAAGCGACCGGGAUUGGAUGGGAGAAAAGGAAAUGGCGAAAGAAGCUCAAACAAAUGGCGUGGAACUGAUCAUUUUAUGGCUUUCAGCCAACGUUACAGAGGCAGAAGGACAGAGUAAGAAAUGUCGAGAAAACCAAUGGAUUGAGCAUGACUGUAAAAUGUGGUCUCUGUACUUUCUGUGUUGAGUGCUCUUGCAAACCACACAAGCACUUUUUAGGGCUUAUGUUUCUUGACGGUUGGAGCAUGUCCCCCAAGAACACCAUGACAACCAGUAAUGAGUCAGCCAUUUCAUGUGACCGGUACGAUUUGACUCGCGUUUACGGAAAAUAUUUCUCUUAUUGCUUAAAUUGGACGCAUGGUUAUAAAAGAAUUUUGUCAUAUUUUGAAAGUAAUUAAAUAAUAUCCAGCAGAGUUUCCAUUCAGAGUCAAAUUUCCCUCUAAAAGCAGCUUGUCUACCAGCAAAGCACUGACAACAACUCACUACCUCACAGAUCGAAACAGUUGUACACAUGCUUUGGCACAAAUCGACUAAAUCUAGAGCGAGAUCUCCACACACCACCGCCUCUAGUCCAUGGUUUCCAUUUCAGUGUCCAAAAGAAAUUCCUUUACCUUUUGAGAGAAAUGGUGUAUACACAUGUAUAUAAUGAAUAUUAGUCACGGUUUUUCAGUUGCUUUGGGAAAAGUGAUGUAAACUGAAAGAUCUCUGACCUUUUAAUGACUCAGUUGCCAAGUUUUUGUCUUAAUAUUCAUUAAUUCACCAUUUUCUUUUUCUUUUUUAUAUUUAAAACUGAACACUGAGUGGUCAUUGUGGAUGGUUGGCUACCUAGGGAUUAGUGCUACAUAACCAUAUCAGAUGUGUAUAGUUUUUGGAUUGCAUGUGAACCCAAAUGCAGUAAUUUGUCUGCUGUUUGUAAUGUAUUAUUUCUUUCUAGGCCUCAGUGAGGGGUGUGAAGUAGACCAAAUAACAAUGAAAUCGUAUAUCAGCUCGUUUCUGUUGCUGAUAAAGAUGGGGGUUUUUUUGUUUCCACAUUUCUGUCUGGAUUUCUGUCCUUUUUCUUAGCAAUUAUCCUUUUUUUUUUUUUUUGUACUGAUGUCUAGUGUGCUUACUCUAGUGCCCUCUGUUGUCCAGGAUUGUGCAGUAACAUUUGAGGUGGGCAAAAGUUAAGGUAAUGUUAUGAAAGGAAAACGUAUUUGUAUUUUUACUUGCCAUUUUUUUUGUAGACUAUUGUUGCAUUAAAUUUGGGUUUGACUACCCUGUAAACCAA